AUGGCGAAUGCGUACAAUGAGGAGCUUUUACUUGAAAUCAACCACGUGAAGUAUCGAAAAGCUGGUGAAGGUCGUUCUCCAAUAGGCCGGUUGUUGUUGUACAGUGAACACAUACAGUGGGAAGAUAAUGCCGGUGGGGAUGUUUUGUAUGUUAAGUUCAUACAAAUCAAAGGUCAGCGAGUUUCGGCGGCAACUAAGCCGAAGGUCCAAUUACAACUUUGUCUUCAAAACGAAGAUCAAGCAACUUUUGUUUUCUUGGAUCCGUCGAAAUCAAGGGAUCAACUUUUAGACCAAAGAGAUGCUUUGAAAGAAACUUUGCAACAGUCAUUAAUUGAUCAUAGAGCGAAAGUUAACCAGUUAGCUGCUUCACAAGAGCAGGGAUCUGUUCACUCUGAGCUGGAAACAAAACAAAGAAUACUGCAGCAGAACAAACAGCUCCAGCUUCUCUAUCAACAUCUUGUAGCUUCCAAGUUAAUCACUCCGCAAGACUUCUGGGUUGAAUAUUACAAACAACCAGAGAACGGCGAUGAGAAGACUGGGGUAAAUGGAGCUUUUUUAUCUUCCAUAGCAACCCAAGAUGGUACUAAAGGAGUUAAACUGAAUUUGAACGCUGAAAUUAUCCAAGCAAUUUUUAAUACAUAUCCAGCUGUGGAGAGAAAGCAUUUGGAAUUAGUUCCACACGAAAUGCCUGAAGAGCAGUUUUGGUCUAAGUUUUUCCAAUCUCAUUAUUAUCAUAGACAAAGAGAGGUGCUUCCUAACCCGCACGACCCUUUCGCCGAUUGUGUUAAGUUUGACGAUUUGGAAAUCAAGAAGCUGGUCAACGAAGGAGUAAAGAGGAAGCGGUUCGAUUUGGAUCAUCUCUCUGAUAAUUUGUUUGAUUCUUCCACAGCUAAAGAAGCUCUAAAAACAGAUCCGAAGACAACUUUAGUGAGACGGUGCAAUUACUUAUCUGAGAGGAUCAUAGCUACCUUGGCGAAAAAUACAACUAAUCAAACUUCAUCGAACAGCAAGAAAACAGAAAAGGAAGGAUCCGGUUUUUCAAUUUUGAACAGAAUCAUCGACGAAGAGGAAACAAGACUAGAAUCUGAUGAAUUAACCCAGAAAAAGGAGGAACAAAUAACUCAAGUGGUGAAGAUUAACAGUGCUUCUCGGAAUUCAACUAGAACUUAUCUUCCCGAAGAGGCAAUUGAGUACAAGAGGAUAGUGCUUAACUUUAUUGAUGAUACGACUGAUGAGGAUAUACUUUCUCAUGAGCUUCCCCUGUUUGAAGACGAUGAUACUAACGGGUUUCCCCUUGCUGACCAAAAUUCAAAAACUAAAAAGGUGGUUGCUAAAGAUUGGAACUUAACGCCCCAGGAGUUUAAUGAAGUCCGCAUAUUGCAUGAUUCCUGCAAUGAAGUUCUGAAGCAUUUUUGGUCAUGUUUCCCUCCAAUAACUCAAGAGUUAGAAGAAAAGAUGGCAAGAAUGGAUACGGCACUCCGUCAAUUGGAAGAGGGGCAGUUAUCGAAAGCUGCAUUGAAAUAUGGUCCUAGUUGUGUUGAACAUUCAUUUUUGAUGAUUUCAAAAGCUCACGAGCGCUAUCAGUCUUUCCUGCACAGAAAGAAGAAAUAG